AUUUCACAGACGGACCGGAUGUUGAUGAAACAUGGCGGCGACCUUGUGGUUCAGCAAAACUCUGGCCUGAAUCACAAACGAGCAGAAAUUAAGAUCUAUACUUGAUUAUAUUUUAUACAUAGAAUUAAAUUCUAGAAUCAGACAUGUUCUCGGUACUACAACGCGCGUUUCUGGGGUUUGUCCGGACACCAAGCCAGCCAGAUGUUCUUCAUUAUCAUCUGAAGCUGCUGUCAGCAGGAUUGAGGACUUAUGAAGUCCCACCAGACUUCAGCGAUGUGGUUCUGCCAGACAAGCCCAAACUGAAGUUCAUGGAAAAGGUCCCGAACUUGAAACAAGCGAGGAAGGAGAUGAAGAAGCUGCGUGACAUCCAGGGACCGGCCAAAAGCACUAACACGUUCAGCGACGGACAGUACGGGAUCGUGGCUCUGGGUGGGGGGUAUCUGCACUGGGGUCACAUGGAGAUGAUGCGGCUUACCAUCAACCGGCGCAUGGAUCCCAGCCGCACCUUCGCCGUGUGGCGCAUCUCUGCUCCGUACAAACCUGUGACGCGGAAGGGCCUCGGCCAGCGCAUGGGCGGCGGGAAGGGUGCCAUCGACCACUACGUGACUCCGGUCAAAUGCGGCCGGCUGGUGGUGGAGGUCGGAGGUCGUGUGGAGCUGGGGGAGGUGGAGGCCGUGCUCAAGGAAGUGGCCAAGAAGCUUCCCUUUCCAGCCAAGGUGGUGAGCAGAGAGAGUCUGGCGGAGCUGUACGAGGAACAGGACAAGCGUGCCGCCAGCAACCAGAACCCCUGGACCUUCCAGAGAGUCGCCCGCUCCAACAUGCUGGGCAUCCGUAAAGUCCUGAGCCCGUUCGACAUGCACAACCACGGACGCUACGCCGGGAAGUUCUUCAACCCCAGACGUGUGUAGCAUGUGUCUGAGAAGCUCCAGCAUCAGCACUAAAGAAGAAAAACAGUGUCUCGUGGCCAGGAUGUGGUGCGCUGAUAUUCAACGCUGUGAUUAAUAUCUGAGGAUCCUGCUGUUCACUUAUCAGUGUCUUCUGCAGCACUCUGCAGAUUUAAUAACGAAAGCGUGUCUCUCUGGAAAGGUUGUGAUGAUAAAGAAGGAUCCCUGUUCACUUCAUGCACUCUUUUAUCAGAUGUGUGAGAGGAUGUGAGGUGUAAGACAAAUAAACAGGAUUUAUUUGAAGUUUA